AUGGUGAAUCAGUCAACUUCCACCCCCAGAAUGAAGUUCGGCGAAUCGUCUGGAAACAAAACAGAAAUUACAGAAGAUGAGUUGGUUGAAAUGCACUACCUGGAAGCAGUGAUCAAAGAGACGGUUCGGUUACAUCCCCCAUUACCGUUACUAUUGCCUAGAAUGACCAAUCAAGAUGUGGAAAUAAGUAGCUACAACAUCAAGGCCAACACUCAGGUUUUAAUCAAUGCUUGGGCAUUUGGAAGAGAUCCCACAUCAUACGUCAAUCCAGAGCUAUAUGAGCCGGAAAGGUUUAUGAACAAUGGCAUAGAUUAUAAAGGAAAAGACUACGAGUUGAUUCCGUUUGGUGCCGGCAAACGAGGUUGCCCUGGGAUUCAAUUUGCGAUGGCCGUCGAAGAGCUUGUUUUGGCAAAUAUUGUGCACAACUUCGACUGGGCUUUGCCGGAUGGAGGGGAAGACCUAGACAUGUCAGAAUCGACUGGUGUGGUCGCACAUGGAAAGUAUCCUCUUAAAGCAAUUGCUAUUCUAUCCAAAGAACUUCCAACAAGCUAG